GUCUUGGGAGGACCUCACAGGGGCAGCUAAGAAAGCCAGGGAAAAAAGCAGACGUUGUCAUUUAGUUCCAGCCAGCGAGCUUACAGGCAGAGCGCAGGGAGAUCUAGACAUGGAAUUCUGGACAGGAUUAUAUAUUCUGAGCUUUCUCAACAUGGCAUGUUGCUUGCCCGAAUUGUCCUACACUGUUCAUCUGAAAAAACGCAUUUUCGAUGAUGCUCAGAAGGAUUGCCUACCUGGAAGUUUCCUGACGAACAUUCCAAAUGAAGAGGAAAUGGCAAAGAUUCUGAAAACAGUCUGGGACAAGAAUGACAAAACUGCCAAUUCGUUCUGGAUUGGACUAAAGAAGGAUAAAGGUGUCUGUGUUAAACAAAAUUUGCCUCUUAAAGGAUUCAAGUGGAUGGUGGACAACAACAUUCAGUCUAAUGUUACUAAGUGGAAGACAAAUCCUGAAGGCACUUGCACAGACACUCUUUGUGGGCUGCUUUUAGUGGAAUACGGUGACUCUGGUGCAAAAAGCAUUGGGUUUAAGGAUGACAGCUGCAAACGGGAACAUCCUUUCAUUUGCAAACGAAACAUUACGUUGGAUUGCCCUCUACCAAAAAUAUCUGGCACACAUGACACAAUCCAGCAAUCAAAUGAUCCGUACACACGUCAAAUUGUUUGCAGUUCUGGUGCCACUUUCACUUUGACAUGCUCAGAAGAUCUAGUUUGGACCUUGGUUGACAACAAAAACAUGAAUAUAUCGCAACUCUGCCAGGAGUGCAAAAAAGGCUACAGUAAGGAUUCGUCCGGAAACUGUGUGGAUGUAAACAAAUGCGAAGAAUCCAAACUAUGUGAUGGAUCAAAGCCGCCCACCACUGAUCUUACCCCUGUUAAACCAAACCUUAACAGGGACAAAUCUGUGCUAACUAAACCUACAUCUCUGCCUGAUGAUGUCAGAACAAAUGAGACAGACGUACACAUUGAGGAGAGCGCUGCAGACAUUUCAAAUAUCAUAGUACCUGCGAUUAUAGCGCUGCUGAUUUUCAUUGUUCUGUUGGUGAUCGUAGCGGCCAUCGUGAAAGGCUGCCUCAGGAGGAGGUCCAGAAAACUGGCCCAGAGGAAGGCAGAGGCUGUGGCUCUGAAUGGAUCCAGCUCCAUGGAGAAAGUGAAUGAAAAAGAGGAAACCUAACUGGGAGAGACUGUGCAAAUGUGAGAGAUAAUUCAAUGUGACACAUCCAGACUACAGAGGGUCCUUACUGGAAGAUAUUCUUCUCUCAGAAUUUUCAGGUGUGAGGUCUAGAGUCACAAGAGCGCUGUGUAAUUACUACCGCCUUUGAAUUUCAUUUGCCAUUUUGUCUGUUUUACUCUCAUGGUUGAAAUCAGGGUCUUUAUGCUGAUGUGGUUUUGAAAAUCCUAUCUAGGCCAAAUCGUCUGUAAUUAGAUUGAGAAGCGUACUCUGUCUUUGUUUACUCUUUCGUUGCUGAUAUUUAAAUGUAGCUAUGUGGAGAUGUAAGAACUGUAGAUGAUGUGGUAACACUUUACAAUGAGGUCCCAUUAGUUUAACAUUAGUUAAUGUAUUAACUAACCUGAACUAAAGAUGAGCAAUACAUUUGUUCCAGUAUUUAUAAAUGUUUCUUAAUGUUAGUUAAUAAACAAAUUCAUUGUUAGUUCAUGUUAGCCCAGGUUCAUUGAAAAAAUUUUAACAAAUACAACUUUGGAUUUUAAAUGUUGAAAACCAAGAUGAAUAAUGCUUUAGAAGUAUAUGUCAUGUCAACAAAUGGAAACCUAAACUUAUAAGUUUUACAGAAGAUAUUGUAAAAAAAAAAAAACUGUCAUUAGGUUUUCUUUUCUAAUUAAAUAUUUCUGUUGAUUCACAACAUGAAAGUUCUAUAUGUGCCUUUGUAAGAGUACUGUAAAUAAAGACGGAUGUUUAAGCUGC